AUGGCAGCAGUCGGAGUCACACCCAACCGGCAGUUUUGUCUGCUUCUGGUGGAGGCUUAUCUGAGGGACGGGAGGGUGGAAGAAGCGGAGGAGGCGUGUGAGAGAGUGAGGGAGGAGGGGUGGAAGGUUCCUGGGAAGGUUCUGAGAUGGAUCGUGCGGGCUUGGGCUAGAGAGGGGAGAGCAGGGGAGGCAGAAGAGGGAGUGAGGGAGAUGGUGAAGGAAGGGGUCCAAUUGGACGUUGCCACGUGUAACAGCAUGAUUGGGUUAUAUGCUCGUGUGGGGGCGUAUGACAAGGCAGGGAGAGUGUGGGAGUGGAUGGAGGAGAAUGGUGGAGAAGAGGAGGAGGAAACGGAAGGGGAGUGGGGAGAGAGCGGAGGGGAGUGGGAAGAGAAGGGAGGAGGGGAAGGGGGGAGGAAGAGGAGGAAAGGGAAUGAUUGCACCCCAACCGAAGCAACUUAUCGUGCUCUCAUUCGCAUGUACACCCAUGCGGGCAUGCCCAACGAAGCCAUUCACGUGCUGCAUGCCAUGAGCGCCCGCGGUCUCCCAUGGAGGGAUGGCCUGCUGGCAUCUGUCAUUCGCUGCCUUGCUGCUGCUGGCAGGUGGAGAGAAGCUGAAGACCUAUUUCACAGAGCACAGCACAUGGUCCAAGCCCGUGCAAACGAGGCUUUCGUCGGACUAGCACCGCAGGCUCGGCCUGAACUUGCGGUCUGGAGGAAUAUUCAACUCGGGCCUGCAGCUUUGGAAACGAGCCUGCUGUCUGGUGCAGCUUCGGGAAUAAAGGAGCCACAGGCGGCUGAGAGGGAGAAGCAGGGGGGAGAUGGUGACCAGGGAGGUGGCAUGGUGAGAGAGAAGCAGAGAGGAGGCGUAUUUGAGCAGAAGGAGUUGGUAGGGGAGCAGAUGGGAGUGGUGGGCGCGCAAGAGCAGUUGUUGGGGGAACAGUCGUACAAGGCACUGAUGAGUGCCUACCAAAGGGCAGGGCAGGCCGAGAAGGCUGAGGAGCUGCUGCUGGCGAUGGAGAAACGAGGCAUCCCCUUGACAGCGGACCUGUAUCAUAUGGUCAUGGACGCUCAUGGCAGGGCAGGCAACACAGCAGCUGCAGAGGGUAUUUUGGAGCGACAGCUCAACCACCACAGGCAACCACCUGCCGAAUCACCUGCCGAAUCACCUGCCAAAUCACCUGCCGAAUCACCUGCCGAAUCACCUGCCGAGGCAUUUGCCGAACCAUCUGACGCACCAACUGCUGAGCCACCUGCCAUACCUCCCUUCUCAGCAUCAUCUCCAGCAGCAAUUGGCUUGAGAUUAGGUGACAAUGUACCCUCAGAGUCAGACGCCACGUCAACCACAAUUGCCACGUCAGCAGCAUCAGCAGCCACCACACCGUUCGCGCCGCCCAGGCCAGACAUCGUCCAGCUCACCUCCCUCGUGCAUGCAUACCUGCGGGAGGGAAACUACCAGGAAGCAGCAGUGCGGGUGCGGCAGAUGCGGGAGCUGGGGCUGAUCCCCACCUACAAGACGUGGGCCACGGUGGUGAGCGGUGCUGCGCGGUGCAGAGAUCUAUCAGACUGCUGCGCUCUGCUUGAAGCUCUGUCUCACGUGGGGUUUGAUGUUCCUGAGAGAGUACUCCUCCAAUGUGACGACGACACCUGGACGGACAUUGACAGUCUGCUGACGUGGCUGCUGGCAAGGGAUGCCAGCUGGACCACAGAAGAAAGCAAGGCGAAUGGGAAUGAAGCAAGGAAUGUGGCAGGGGGGGUUACAUUGAGCACCACGGUGAACGAGGGAAGUGCAGUCACGGGUACAGAGGGAAGGGUGGCAGAGGGGAAUGCAAUGAAGAGCAGCACAACCACGGAGGGCAGUGCAGCGAGGAGCACAGUCAACGUGCUAAUAGACCUGCUGUGGUGCUUCGGUCAGCGAGCCAGGGCCCACCGCCUCUUCCUCCUCUCAACCCACCGCAGAGCGUAUCCGCGAUUCAUCGCUCGGGCUGCGCCAGAGGACUGGAAGCUGGACGUUCGCACGCUCUCCCCUGGAGCUGCCCUCGUUGCUCUACACCACUGGCUCGACAUGGUGCAGGACGCAGCUCUCCAGGGCGUUCCAGCACCCCGCCACGUCAGCAUCGUGACAGGUGGCAUGCUCCAGCGCACCAUCAACGGCGGCGGCGGCGGCGGCGGCAUGCCAGGUGGCAGCGUGUCAUUGAAGCGCACCGUGCGCAGCUGGCUGUGGGCCAUGGGGGCUCCGUUCAGAGCUGACGAGGACAGGGAGGGCGUGCUGACAGCUAGAGGCUAUUCUGUGGAGAGAUGGGUCAAGCUCGUCACCAUGCCGGCCACGGCGGGCCGCGUUCGCAUGCCAGCGAACAACAGGGUGCACAGUAGCGCAGCCCUGCAAACGCACGGCAUCUGGCAGAGCGCCAUCGGGUACGAUCCGUACGCUCCUGACGAGAAGAAAGCAGCCGACGGCGAGGAUAACGCGUACGACAGUUUCCAAGGACUGCUGCAGCUCGCGAAAUUGACGGGAUCUGGAGCCGACACGUCUCGCGGUUCGUGCAAGAAGUGCCAUCGUGUCGGCCAUUUGACGUUUCAGUGCCGGAAUUUUCUGACGGCCAAGGAGGACGUUAACGUUCCGGCGGAGCUUGCUGGAGGGUUGGCCGGCCAGAAACGGCCGGGGAUGGAAUUCGCGGAAGAGGAGAGUGACGUGUCGCUUAGCGAUGAUGACGGUGACGGGGAUUUGGCUGAAGCGGCGCGUUCUCGUGGUUUGAUACCCUCGAAAGCCGGGGAUGGCGCUUCGGAGAAGGAGAAGAAAGGAAACGAUUUGAAAAAGAAAGACAAGAAGAAAAAGAAGCACAAGAAAAAGAGCAGCAGUAAGAGGAAGAGAAGAAAGUCUGACAGUUCAGACGACGAUGAUUCGUUAUCCGACGAUUCGUUAUCGGAUAGUGACGACGACGAUUCCUCGUCUUCUGACGACGACAGGCGGAGGAGGCGGAGGAAAGGCAAGAAGGAGCGGAAGCGGAGCAGCAAGAGCAAGAAGUCAUCGUCACGCAAGCACAGGAGGCGGAGAGACGAGACUGAGAGUGAGAGUGAGGAGAGUAGUGGGAGUGAGAGUGAGGAGGUGUCUGAUGACAGUGAUAGCAGCGGUGGGGCGAGGAGGAAGAGGAAACGGAAGGAUAAAGAGGGGAAGAAGAAGCGGAGAGACAGGGACUGA